CGAGCAUUCCGGCGAGCAUUCCGAAGACGAGGAACCUACUGAACAUCUAGACCUCACCUGGGAAGAUAUUUUCGAGAUAACAAGGACCGUUGAAAGCACAGUCCAGUUCUGUUUCAAUCAGAGACUUAUCCUGACCAAACGGACGUGCCCAAAGCCAAACUGCCGUGGCAGCGACAUGAGCCUGGUGAAGGACCAGACAAUAAUCGACGGUCUCCGCUGGCGCUGCAAACGUGCAGGUUGUCGCAAAACCCUCUCAGUUUGGACCGGUAGUUUCUUUAGCCGUUCCCACCUGUCGCUUGCCCAGGCACUCAAGAUCAUGUACGCCUGGAGCCAACGCCUUCCGCACGCCGAUGCCCAACAUCAAGCGGGUGUCAGCACCAAAACGAGCCAGACAACCUGCGACUGGUACCACUUUUGCCGGGAGGUUUGCGUAAUGGCGGUGCACGCUGGGGACGAUGGGAAGAUUGGUGGGCCAGGGAAGACGGUGGAGGUCGACGAGAGCAAAUUCGGCAAACGAAAGUUCAACAGAGGAAAGCGGGUUGAGGGAAUUUGGGUUUUUGGGGGUAUCUGUCGUGAGGAUAAGCGGAGCUUCCUAGUACCCGGAGCUUCCUUACCCUCUAAGAAUGUAGUCUUCCGUAGUUUCUUUUCGCUGCAUUGCUAGUGGAACUUCCCCGACUAGCGGCCUCCACGCCGAGCGGAUCACCGUCCCUCAACAGUGGUCUGGCGCGCCAUUGCAGACGAUGGGAAGGAGGGAGUGGUGUAUCUUCGUGACUGGUGGUCUUACGCAUUUAUCCUUCGCCUCCCGAUCGGUCGGAAUUGCCUCGAUUGCACCAUGGGAUGGCUAGUCGGCAC